AUGGAGAGCCGAAAGGACAUGGUUAUGUUUCUGGAUGGGGGUCAGCUUGGCACCCUGGUUGGUAAGAGGGUCUCUAAUUUGUCCGAAGCUGUGAGCAGCCCACUGCCUGAACCGCCAGAGAAGACGGUGAUCCACGGUUGCCUGAGCCCGCGAGCCGGCCCUCCGACUUCCAGGGAGCGUAGCGGGGGAGGCCAGGAGGAGGAGCCGGUCGAUGGACUAGCAGGCAGUGCUGCAGGGCUGGGCGCCGAGCCACGGUCGGCUGGAGCGGCCAUGCUUGGCCCGGGACCCCCAGUCCCUUCCGCGGACAGCCUCUCUGGCCAAGGGCAACCUAGUAGCUCAGAUACCGAGUCGGAUUUCUAUGAAGAAAUCGAGGUGAGCUGUACCCCGGACUGCGCCACCGGGAACGCCGAGUACCAGCACAGCAAAGCGCCAGGCUCCGAUGCGCUGGGCAACAGUCCUAACAGUGGCAGUGAGGCCCCCAAGAGUAACGGUGGCAGCGGCAGCAGUGGCUCACAAGGCACCCUGGCCUGCAGCGCCAGCGACCAGAUGCGCCGAUACCGCACCGCCUUUACCCGGGAGCAGAUUGCAAGGCUGGAGAAAGAGUUCUACAGGGAGAACUACGUUUCAAGACCGCGGAGAUGCGAGUUGGCAGCAGCACUAAAUCUUCCUGAAACUACCAUCAAGGUGUGGUUUCAGAACCGGCGCAUGAAGGACAAGCGUCAGCGGCUGGCCAUGACGUGGCCGCACCCGGCCGACCCCGCCUUCUACACCUACAUGAUGAGCCACGCGGCGGCCGCGGGCGGCCUGCCCUACCCCUUCCCGUCGCACCUGCCCCUGCCCUACUACUCGCCCGUGGGCCUGGGCGCCGCGUCCGCCGCCUCGGCCGCCGCCGCCUCGCCCUUCAGCGGCCCCCUGCGCCCGCUCGACACCUUCCGCGUGCUCUCGCAGCCCUACCCGCGCCCCGAACUGCUGUGCGCCUUCCGCCACCCGCCGCUCUACCCCGGCCCGGCGCACGGACUGGGCGCCUCGGCCGGCGGCCCCUGCUCCUGCCUCGCCUGCCACAGCGGCCCGGCCAACGGGCUGGCGCCCAGGGCCGCCGCCGCCGCCGCCGCCGCCGCCGCCGCCUCAGACUUCACUUGUGCCUCCACCUCCCGCUCGGACUCCUUCCUCACGUUCGCCCCCUCUGUGCUCAGCAAGGCCUCCUCCGUGGCGUUGGACCAGAGGGAGGAGGUGCCCCUCACCAGAUAA